UAGUCAAUUGGAAAGAAUCCGUCAUACCGACAGCAAGGAAUCUUACCAAGUUACAAAAGUACGGACGACAACAAGUUAAAUCUAGCUGCCUAAUCUGCAAUGUCUUUAGCCUCUACGGGAUUUCUUUGUACAUUUCACCGAUGCCAGUCUCUUGUAGGCAGGUUGGGAGUGCGUUUCAUUAGCACCCAAUCUGGACCUCUAUGUGUGCAACUCACAUCUGCACUCAGGGCAGAGCCACUUAAGAAGAAGAAAAAAACAGAUCCAGUCAUCCAGAAAGCCCGUGAGGAGAAGAAAAUUAGGCGUCUUGAAAAGGCCAUCCGCAAGCUUCAAAAAAAUGAAGGGCAGCUCAAACCUAUUGAAGAAGCUGAAAUCUCCAUGAAACUCAAACAGGAAGCAAAACUGCGCGAGAGACCAGCUGCUAAGUUGCCUAGUGAAGAGCUACACGCGCGUCGCAACGUAGAGCUGCAGUGGGCGCGCUAUAAGCACAGGCAGGUGUGCCAUGAGAGCUCCAUACUCGCUGCAGCGCUCCACUCUCAGCACAGAGCCCUGCAGGAGCUGAGGCGAGUGUCAGAGUCGCUGUGGCUCGAGGCCAUCCAAGAGGAUCAAUUCGCCCUGCCCUUCAGGAGCUACGGGCCCCUGAGCAGCUUGCCUAUUGCAGGCUAUGACGGACCUGAUGGCGAAUACGUGGACGUAUCAAAGAAAUGGGAAUGAAUCAUAAUUUUGUACAGGAAUGUUAACAAGGAAUAUUUCAAGAA